AUUUGUUCCUCCAGACCAAGAGAUGAAUUGGUCAAUGUUUGUGCCAGUCGGUAUGGGGACCUUAUUCUCAUCCCCUUGGGUUUGUGCCAAGCCUCUCCAUGUCCUCUGUAGAAAAUCUGUUUUUAAAAACGGUGUGCCUAGAAAGAUGAUAAGCACCUAACUGUCUAUAUUGCUAUCAUUUGGCUUUUGAUCCAGUCCUUUUAUGACUAGCCACCAUGCCGGGAGGCCAAGAGCUGGGAGAUAGUGCUAGUCUGGUGUCCCACCAGUAGCUCUGAGUGCAACCCACAACUCUCCUUCCUUUCUAGCAGUCUUCACUGCCUGCAAACACCAUUCCUCACAUUGCAACUAGAACAGAGAGAAUAGGAUCAGGCACAAUGGUGAAGGAAAGCCAGGUUUCUCCACUGGGAACUUCUAUGACUCAGCUAUGGACUCAUAUCUGAAAAACAUUCUUGUGAUUUCAUUUGGAUUCACAUUUCUCUUUACUGCUUAUGGAGGACUCCAAAACCUUCAGAGCAGCCUCCACUCUGAAGAAGGCCUGGGAGUUGCCUCCCUGAGUGUGAUCUAUGCUACUCUCAUCCUGUCCUCCAUGUUUCUCCCAUCCGUCAUCAUUAAGAAAUUUGGAUGCAAAUGGACCAUUGUAGGUUCUAUGUGCUGCUACAUUACAUUCUCCUUGGGAAACUUCUAUGCCAGCUGGUUCACACUCAUCCCCACAUCUGUGAUCUUAGGGCUGGGAGCAGCUCCCCUCUGGUCAGCCAAGUGCACUUAUCUUACCGUGGCCGGCAAUUUAUAUGCUCAGAAAGUGGGCAAAAUUGGAAAACAUAUAGUUACCCAGUAUUUUGGAAUCUUCUUUUUGAUAUACCGAUCCUCUGGAGUCUGGGGGAAUCUAAUAGCAUCUCUGGUCUUUGGCCAGACUCCUAAUAAAGCGAAUCUCACAGAAGCAGAUCUGGAGUGCUGUGGUAUAGGCAGCUGCAUGGUAAACACCACAAAUAGGACUGUGACGUCAAAAGGACCAUCUAAUACUUUGAUCUAUACUUUGAUGGGAAUCUACACAGCUAGUGAGAUUCUAGCUGUGUUGCUAGUGAUUAUAUUUCUGGAUCAAAUCUCAACCAAUCAAGCAGAGAGUGAAGAAAAGCCCGUGUCAUCCUUUAGAUCCACUUUUCUGGAAACAUUUCAACGUCUUAAAGAUAAACGCCAGUGUCUCUUGAUACCUUUGACUAUGUAUAGUGGACUUGAGCAGGGAUUCCUGGCUAGUGACUAUAAUAAGUCCUAUGUGACCUGUGCGCUUGGGAUAAACUUCGUUGGGUAUGUGAUGAUCUGCUUUUCAGCUACAAACUCACUCGCCUCCCUGCUGUUUGGCAAGAUUUACCAGUUCACCGGUAGAAAGCUUCUUUUUACAUUGAGUGCCAUUCUCUAUCUCAGCUGCAUAAUAGCGCUAUUGCUCUGGAAACCUCACUCAAACCAACUUGCCCUAUUUUUUAUAAUACCUGCCAUCUGGGGUGUAGCAGAUGCUAUCUUGCAAACACUAACCAACGCUCUCUAUGGAAUUUUAUUUGAGAAGCACAAAGAGGCAGCCUUUGCAAAUUACCGCCUGUGGGAGUCAUUGGGCUUUGUCAUAGCCUUUGGCUACAGCACCUUCUUAAGCAUCUCCAUCAAACUGUAUAUUCUGGUAACUCUACUGAUUGUGGCAAUGGUCUUAUAUGGAGCAGUCGAAUACCUGGAAUCCAAGGUGUCUUCUAGAACACCUCACACUGCUAACCAGGAGCCAAUCACAUCACAGCAAGAUGCUCAGUCAACCAAUCUCUAAUUAAGGAAAUCUAUGUAGAAAAGGUUCUAAAUCAAAGCUUGCAUAAGGAUAUUUACUGGACAACAGAGCAGGGCCUGAAUGAUGGCCAUGAGAAGGCUCAAGGCACUGCUAUAACAAUGCGCAUAGGGUUUUUUUAUUCUUCUUUUGUGAUAAGACUGUGCAGUAUUAUGAACUUUCCUUGUAUAGACUGAGCCUAACCUACUUCACAGGAUGGUUGUAAUGGGGAACAAAUCAGAGGAUGGAGUCCUGUGUAGGCCACCUGAAUUCCUGGAGCAAAGAUAAAUAGUGGAAAAAAUAUAGCACUGAUUUUCAUUUUACCUUUUUUUUUAAGUGUUUUUUUUUUCAGAAUCAAGAAAAUAUUCCUAGACUUUCUUUUCUUUUUUUAAUUGUAUAAUCUCUACCCUUUUUCUCUGCUAGUGACUUUUUUUGUCUAUUGCACUAUUUUAAAAAUUAAAAUUAAAAAUAAAAACUACACUAUUUCAUAGAUCCCGGCAAAAGGAAGCAUAGAAAUGAUCACAGUGCGUAAGAAGCAUUUGCCCAGUUGAAACUGGGGUGGGGGAGGUCCUUCCUCGCCAAACAGCCAAUGAACUGCUGAAGUUAGUUUCUAUUGGCUGAACCACUCUGGCCAAUUGAGUGCCUUCAAGGUGUGGAACAGGGGAAAAUGGAGCGCAGCAGAGAGACACGAUCUGAGCUCCCUUUGAAGAUAAUUAAGAAGUUGGUAGGAUUUCCUAAUUAUUAUUCUUUUUUCGUUCUGUAUUU